AUGGGGCAGGGGUAUUUGACGAGCCCCGUUCCAAACCCACCCAUCGUGUCACCUCGAGCUGCCACGAAACGUGCGCAGCUCCCCGUCACGACGUCUUCCACAAAGCGCCGUAAGGUAGCAGAGCCUCGCGGACCAGGAUCGCUUCCGGGUUUGUCGUCUGCCUCGCAGGCCGGAAGACGUCACGGCUCCGACAAGUCCUCCUCCUCGCCCUCCCGCCGCCCUUCCUCUCUGCCCCGAUCGCGUCGCAGUCAGAGCUCCUCUACCUCACCUCGCCGUUACGUUCCCGCUCAUCUUCAGGGCCAGACCCUCGGAACCAACGCCGCCCAGCCCACCGCGCGCUCGCCCACCCCCUCCGCCGCCUGCGCCGGCCUGACCCUUCACAGCGAUCCCGCGACCGACAUGUCCGGCUCCGACGAGAAGGGGGAGAUCAACCUCCCGCCCGCCUCACCCGACGCUCACGAGUCGCCCGAAGCCGACAAGGACUUGGAUAUGGACCUGGUUCCGACCCAGAAGGACACCGAGCCCCGGUCCGACCUCCCGGACGCCAUCGAGACCGCGGGCUCCGGCGACGACAACUCCACCGGAAACGACCACAGCUCCGCGUCGGACGCCGUGUAUCCCACCCCUUCCAGCACGUCCACCUAUACCGCCCCUACUGAGACCCGCGCCCAGGCCGAAGCGGAGGCCGGCACCAAGUCCGCCGAACAACCCUCCUACGAUGACCAGGUCGCGCAGGUGACCCGGUUCAUGAUGCAGCCGGUCGAGGAGAUGCAGAAGGGAUACGUGGUGUCGACAUCGUGGCUGAAACGAGUGUAUUCGCGCAGCGCGACCCAUGCCGACAAAGCGGACAAAGCAGCGAUGGAAGGAGAGAUCGGCCCCGUGGACAAUUCCGACAUCGUUUUGGUCACGGACCCUAUGAAUGCGGGCUUCAAGGACGAACACGACGAGCCAUAUGUCCCUCUCCGGCCGGGCUUGCAAAUGGGAGAGGAUUUCGAGAUCAUCCCGCAAGGGGGCUGGGAUCUGAUCAUGCAGUGGUACGGACUGGCAGACCAGUCUCCGGCCAUCGUCCGCUACGCUCACAACACCGCGCCGUCCGGCGACCAUAUCAACAUUCAAUAUGAAAUCAACCCUCCCAUCUACACUAUCUUGAAGCUCACCAACUCGUCCGCGGGCACGACCACCAAGGCGCUGAAGGAAAAGAGCAUGCCCCCGGCGAGAACCCUGGCCAGCCGACACGCCAACUUCCAAAAAUGGUUGAAGCACGCAAAAGAACUGGCAUGUGUUGACAUGUCGACCAAGGUCCGUGUGUGGAGGGUUCUCGGGGGUCUCGGCAGUGCCACCGCAUCCGCCGCAGCCACCCCGGCCGCAUCUCGCAGUGCGUCACCGGCCCCGUCCGCAUCCCUUAUGGUCAACGCCGGAAACAGUCUGGUGCUCGAUCUGAACACCUUCCUUUCACUCGCCGAGGGAUCCCAACGCGAAGUGCUCGAGGGUAUCAAGGAUCAGACCGCCAACCCCAAUUACAAUGGUCGCAUGACUCUGGAUGGCGCGGGCCUCGGCGGCAGUGAAGUAGUCGUGCUGGAGGAGAAGCUUCCGGGAGCCAACGGCGAGUGGGUGUCCGAGGCCUCCAAGCAGACGCUGAACCGUCUGGGUGUGCCAGCCGGCAAUCUGAAGGCCGCCGCUGCCACCAAGUCGAAAGCGAAGAGCCCCGCCAGCAGUGGGCGGUCCUCUCCGGUCUUGGAGCCGCUCAGGGGAAGACGUAAGGACGGAAAACCGCGCGGCUGCACCGGUCUGAGCAACCUCGGCAACACCUGCUAUAUGAACUCUGCUCUACAGUGCGUUCGCAGUGUGGAGGAACUCACCUACUACUUCCUGAAUGACGUCUACAAGCAGGAUCUCAAUCCCCAGAACCCGUUGGCCCACAACGGCGAAGUGGCCAAGGCGUAUGCGAACUUGCUGCGCCAGAUAUACGAUGAAAACGCCCAGUCUUCCUUCGCGCCGCGCCAGCUCAAACAUACCAUCGGCCGCUACGGUCCGGCGUUCUCCGGGUACGGGCAGCAGGAUUCCCAGGAAUUCCUUCUGUUCCUUCUCGACGGUCUGCAGGAGGAUUUGAACCGCAUCAUGAAGAAGCCGUACAUCGAAAAGCCGGACUCCACCGACGAUAUGGUAACUGACAGGGCGAAGCUCCAUGAGUUUGCCGACACGUGCUGGGAUAUCUACAAGGCCCGCAACGACUCGGUCAUUACCGACCUGUUUGCUGGCAUGUACAAGUCGACCCUUGUCUGCCCGGAGUGCAACAAGGUUAGCAUCAUCUUUGACCCAUUCAACAACCUCACUCUGCAGCUUCCGAUUGAGAACAUGUGGGGCAAGGAGAUCUUUUACUUUCCUCUGGGCAAGAAGCCUGUGCUCAUCGAUGUCGAGAUCGACAAGCAUGCCAGCAUCAAGUCGCUGAAGGAACUGGUUGCGAAGAAGAUGGGCUCUGACCCUCAGAGAUUGGUCAUGUCGGAAAUCUACAAGAACAAGUUCUACAAGCUGUUUGACAACACGAGCUCGAUCGCGGAUUGCCAGAUCAGCGGCAAUGAUGACAUUGGCAUCUACGAGGUGGAGUCCGUGCCUACGAACUACAACCCGGACCGGUCGCCCAAGACCUACGUCUCAUUCAGUCGCUCCGACCACGAGGAGGUUCCCGCGAUUGACUCGCCCCGGGCCGACCGGAUGCUCGUCCCCAUCUUCAACCGGUGGGAGAAGCCGCGCGGAAACAACCCCAACAACCCCAAGAACAUGCAGCGGACGCUGUUCGGCGUGCCGUCGUACGUGGUCAUCAACCGCGAGGAGUUUGGCGAUUACGACACGAUCUUCCGAAAGGUCCUGGCGCAGCUUGCCCCCAUGAGCACCCGCAAUGUCCUGGAGGAGCAGCGCGUGAUCGAUGCCAACCAGGAAGACUCCGACACCGUCGUCAUGAACGAAGAUGAUGCGGAGUCGGCGGACUCCAAGAUCAAGACGGCUUCCGUAGACGGCGAGGACGGCAUGGUCGACGUUUCGAUGCGCGAGUCGGAUGACUCCCCCAGCGACCCCCCGGCUGGCCCUGAGAGCACCAUCCCCCCCAACCUCCGCGGUCUCUUUGAGAUGAAGAUCUUCAAGUCGAACGAGGUGGUGCCGUCGGGCUUUUCGUCUCUGGAUGAACACAAGGAGUACCCUAAGAUGUCAUUUAGAAUCAAGGCACCCGUGGCGAAGAAGCCGAAGAAGUCUAACCUGGAGCAGGCUGCGCAACAGGCCAGUGACGAAGAGGCAUCUGCCGACAAGGGCUCCGACAGUGGUGAGCCGGAUAGCCCGACACCUCCCAAGCCCAAGCCUCCGAUGAUCCGCCCCGGUGAAGGUAUUGUGGUGGAGUGGAGCGCCGCGGCCUAUGAUGCUCUUUUCGCCUCGGUUUCCGGCAAAGAGACUGAACUUCGUGGUGCGCCGACCUGGACCGACGUGGAACGGUUGCCCGAUCCGGAACUCUCCAAGCGCCGUGCCCUCCGUCAGCACCGCAAGAAGAAGGGAGUGACGCUCAACGAAUGUCUGGACGAGUUCAACAAGGAGGAAGUCCUGUCGGAGAAUGACGCAUGGUACUGCCCUCGUUGCAAGGAACAUCGUCGGGCCAGCAAGAAGUUUGAGCUGUGGAAGACGCCGGACAUCCUCGUCAUGCAUCUCAAGAGGUUCAGCGCUAGCCGCGGAUUCCGUGACAAGCUGGACGUUCUCGUCGACUUCCCGGUGGAGGGCCUGGACAUGACCGGCCGCGUCGAAGCGCCAGAGGAUGGUAAGGGCUUGAUCUACGACCUCUUUGCGGUUGACAACCACUACGGUGGACUCGGCGGCGGACACUACACGGCGUAUGCGAAGAACUUUAUGAGCGGCCAGUGGAACGAGUACAACGAUUCUUCGGUGUCCAAAGCGAUCGAUCCCGAGGCCGUGGUCACCUCGUCGGCUUAUCUGCUAUUCUACCGGCGCCGUUCGGAGCGGCCGCUGGGCGGCAAGGUGCUGGAGGAGGUCACGGAUGCGUCGACGCGUCCAAACAGCGACUCGGAAUCGCUCACGGAGUCUCGUUGUCCAUCCCCGUCGGGGGAAGGCCGGCGUCUCGGCGGCUCCUCCCGACUUGGGUCGUCGAGCGCCUUAACCGGAGCCGGAGCAGCUCACCAAUCGGGAGAUGGUGGUUUGCAAACUGGAAUCCCAGCGAAGAACGAUGAUGAUGAUGAUGAUGAUGACGCGCCCCCGGAGUAUUCAUCCCGACAGGAAGGUAUGGAUUUCGAGGAAGAGUUCGGCGACGACGCACCACCCAGCUCGCGCCAGCCCCACCACGACCCGCCCUCGUGGUCGUUCGAUCGCGCCGCCGAUGCAGAUACAGAUACAGAUGCUCACGCUCACGGCCCUUCACAGAUCCACCCAGCCGAGCCUGACGACAUCUCGUCGUGGCCCUUCGAUCGCGUCGCCGCCGGCACGGACCGUCAGAUGCACAUGCACCCCAACACCGACGACGAGGACCUGCUCGACGACAACGCCAGCAACCAGGCCGUCGGCGACGGCGACGUCAGCGACCCCGACCUCCGCAUGGCCUCGCUCAUGGACAGCCCCGCCGGCGCCGCCUACCCGGGAACGCCCGUCGAGGAGACCUUCCAGGAUAUCUCUCCCUUCGGGGACGGGGAUGACGAUGAAGACGAGCUGCCUGUUGUGGAGCUGACGGUGACGGAUGAGUAG